ACCCAGUGUUCCGAACCCUGGGUAGUGUUGGAUUCUUACCAACUAAAAAAUCCCCUUUUUGGUACUACGAGUUUUCGGGAGUUAUCCUUUAAAACUUGUAGUUCUCUCUAAGAAUUUGUCAGCUCCGGCAUCCGUAUGCCAUAGCAUCGCAUUCUCUCCAUGCUAGCUGCUUGCUAGCAUGAGCAUCUUAUUAAUUUACACCUUACUUCUAUGUGCAUGCUAAUUGCUACCACAGAUUACAGAGUACCGCUGUGGUCUGUGUUUACUACUAUCUCUACAUACAUUGUAAUCUUGCAAUGGAAGGAUGCAUUGCUAUUUUUGCCUGGCAACCUUUUAAGUCCAAUUAUCACUAAGAGCUUUCCCAUAAGAACUCUUGGUGAUGGAAUGGAGAAGUUACCUUCCAACGUUGUAGAAGUAUUACAUAUCACACCCUCAAGCAAUAUUUUAAAGUCUAUGAAACCGGUGGAGCCAGCUUCGAAAGUUAUAAAUCUAGUUCCAAAAUUUGUUCCUCAAGAUAAAAAGGUCUCAAGCCUGAUGGGUUCUAAGCCGAAAGAGCCUAGGUUUGUUCCGUAUGAACCGUAUAAAGCAGCCGUGCAACCUAUGAAGGUUCUAAAGACAAAAAGAAAACGUAUCACCGGUACUACUGUUGAGGGCAAACCUUCAAAAAAUAAUGUGGAAAUUCAAGAAUUGGUUCAUCAAAUGUCUGAGAUGAGAAUGAGGGAAAUUGAUAAAUUACAAUUAACAACCUUAAAAGAAGAUGACCUGAUACCUAGGCAGCUAUGGCAAAAAGAGAAAGACGCAUAUGAAGCAGAUAUUAAAAAUUUGAAGGAAACUAAGGCUCACUUGGAAAAUCAGCUGAAGUUUCAAGCUCAAGUGAACAGUGAACUGAAAACUCUGUUAGUUGCUGCUGUUGGUGAGGAUUUAGAGUCUAGAGUUCAGCAUCUAACUGAAGACAAACUUUCCUUAGCCAGGGCGUUGCUCAAUUCAGCCAAUCAUUUAACAUCCCAUCAAGAGCAGACGGAAUGGUUAAGUGGCCAAUGUGAGGUAUGGAGAAGCAAGUUUUUAGCCUCGAGUCUGAUGGUGGAAGAGUUGGCAAGGUGGAAGUCGGCCUUAACGAAGCGAAUUAAUGACCUACAGAAUGUAAUCAAAUCCAUAUUGAGUGAUCACUAUAAACUUCAAAAGCAGAUGAUGACCACAUUUAGCAAUUUGAAAGGUGUUUCGGAAACAUACAACUCUACCAAAAGUUACAAUUUAAAAACUGGCGAUAUUAUGGAAUUGGGAUUCAGCAUCCAGAAUUUAUCCGAAGAGGUUGCCGAUAUUAUUGGUGUGGAUCAAAAACUGAAAAUUGUUGACGAAAAACUUGUAAAUGCUUACUCCCCGACAGAAAAAGUAGCUUUAAAGGUAUUGAAACAUCCGCUAAGCAUAACAUCUUCGCAAGAUGUUUUGUGUAAUGCCUUAGUAGGAGCUGCUCAUUCAAUGUCUGGAGAUCAGCGCUUCGUAUCAAAUCAAUUCCUACAUCCGUGUUGUUCACACUGUGUAGGCGAAGCGCAAGAUAUUUGACGGAUGUAUUGCAUUUUCGAAGAUGAAAAGUUGGUUGAAUGUCCAGUAAUGUUAUGGCUUAUUGAUUUCCGUUUUAGAGUUGUAAUAUAUUUCAUUGUAAAAUUUUUGUUUAACGAGUAAUUAUUAUACUUUCAUUUAACCUA